UGAGAGAGAUCCCGUCAUUCCCAUCCUUUGACAAAAUGGCAAGUGUGUUUGCCUACGAGAGCUCUGAAGUGGACUGGUGUGAGGACAACUUUAAACAUUCAGAGAAUGUUGUGGAAUAUUUCAACACGAUGAGCAGUUUCAUAUUCUUUUUGAUCUCACCCAUAAUGCUUUACCUGCUGCACCCAUAUGCCAAAGAAAGAAACCUGACUGUGCACCUGGUCUGGAUCAUGAUGGUCUUUGUAGGUCUCUUCUCCAUGUAUUUUCACAUGACUCUGAGUUUUAUGGGCCAGAUGCUGGAUGAGCUGUCAAUCCUGUGGGUUUUGGCUACUGGCUACUCCCUGUGGUUCCCACGCAGACACUUCCCCUCUUUUAUUAAGGACAGGAGAUCGUUCUCUCAUAUGGUCCUGAUCAUCACUGUUAUAAGCACUCUGUCCUCUUUUGUCAAACCUACAGCUAAUGCCUAUGCUCUCAACUGCUUCGCCAUCCAUAUCCUCUACUCUCUGUUUGUGGAAUUAAGGAGUUGCACAGAUGAGCGAGUGCUGCGUCUGGCCUGGGCGUCCAUUGGCCUGUGGGUUCUGGCUAUCUCCUGCUGGAUUAGCGAUCGCUUUGGUUGCAGCUUCUGGCAGAAACUGGACUUCUGUUAUCUGCACGGUAUCUGGCACAUUCUGAUUGUGGUGGCCACUGCUUAUGGUAGCACUUUGAUCGCUUACCUGGACGCUAGUCUGGAAAUCCCUUAUUCCCUACCCGACCUGCAAUACUGGCCACGGAAUAAAUGGUCCAUUGGGUUUCCUUACAUAGUCCUCAAAGGCACUACAAAGACACGGAAGAGAUGCUAGCAGGCACGACAAGAUGAACAGACACAAGAUGA